AGAGAAGCUGUGGGAUCUUCAUUCUCAGACUUCUUCAAGUUGAGUUGGAUAAAAUGGAGGGGCCCCAUAGCUGCCCAUGCUGUGAGCAGGAGAUUGGAUUGGAGGCCUCUUGAGGAAUGAUGUGGGAACCACCUGUUCUGUGUGAUAAAGGGAAGACGCAAAACAUCUGAUAGAUGGAAGCCAUGAAGAUGUCAAAGCGGUUCUUCGCUUUUGGGAUUUUGGCAUGCAUAGCUAUUUAUGUUGCAUACAUAAAAUGGCGCUUGGAUUCCAAACCACUCCUGGGAGCAACAGAAGGAAUUGCUGAAAGCAAGGGAGAUAAACUGAACCAUCGGGCAGUGACCGCAGAUCUCUCAGUCUUUUAUGGAAUUAUGUUUGAUGCAGGAAGCACAGGAACUCGCAUCCAUAUAUUUAAAUUUACACAGCAGCCGAGAGAAACUCCCAAACUGACCCAUGAGACGUUUAAAGCACUGAAACCAGGUCUAUCUGCAUAUGCUGAUGAUGUCGAAAAGAGUGUCCAGGGAAUAGAAGAGCUCCUGGAGGUGGCAAAGAAGGAAGUUCCUAUGGAGCUGUGGAAGUUUACUCCUCUGGUCCUGAAAGCCACAGCUGGCCUACGGUUGCUGCCAGGAGAGAAAGCUCAAAAGUUGCUGGACAAGGUGAAGGAGAUAUUUCAGGCUUCCCCCUUCUUUGUGAGGGACGACUGUGUGUCAAUAAUGAACGGAACUGAUGAAGGUAUUUCAGCCUGGAUCACAAUAAACUUUUUAACAGGUAGACUAGAUGAUCCGCAGAAGAGAAGUGUAGGGAUGCUGGAUUUGGGUGGUGGAUCAACACAGAUCACCUUCCUUCCGCGCACUGAGGGAUCUCUCCAGACAUCACCAGCUGGCCACACAACUUCAUUUCACAUGUUUAACCACACCUACAAGCUGUAUUCGUACAGUUACCUGGGACUUGGGCUGAUGUCAGCAAGGCUUGCCAUUUUGGGCGGAGUUGAGGGAAAACCCUCAGAAGAGGAGUUGAUCAGCCCUUGUUUACCACCUGGCUUCAAAUCUGAAUGGCAACAUGCUGAGAUAGUGUACAAAAUUAAAGGACAGAAGGCAGGUGAGCCUCUCUAUGAGUCUUGUUCUAAUAAAGUGGCAAAGAUGCUCUACAAAAAAGUGCAUAAAGCUGAGGAAGUGAAGGAUUUGGAUUUUUACACUUUCUCCUACUACUAUGACCGUGCAGCAGAGGCUGGUCUCAUAGAUAAAGAGAAAGGAGGAAGCUUAACUGUCAGUGACUUUGAAAUUGCAGCUAAAUAUGUUUGUAAGACCAUGGAAAUCAGCCCUGGAAGCAGCCCUUUUCUCUGCAUGGACCUCACGUACAUCACCUUCCUCCUGCAGGAGCUGGGCUUCCCAAAGAGCCAAGCCUUUAAGCUUGCCCGGAAAAUUGACGAUGUUGAAACAAGCUGGGCAUUGGGAGCCACUUUCCAUUACAUCGACUCACUCAAUAGACUGCAGUACUAAAGCUCCUAGAAGGUGACUUUUGGGAAUCUCCAUUUUUUGGAAACCCAACAUGGGAGAAUCUGUUGAAGGGCAUGCUUUUGGCUUCUGCAGUCAUUUGGAAGGUCACCAUGAAACAGGUUCCUUUCCUCCAACCACCUGCCAAGUCCUCUCCAUCACUAGCUCUUUUUUACAGUGCAGAGUGCAGUGUGUAAAAAAUAAGCCUUGAUUUGACAGCAUCUCGCAUCAGCUUGAUGUAAAACUUGAUCAUCAUGGAAGGAAAACCAGGGCUCUGCAGGACAUCUAUGAUCUCUAUGAGAAAAACACACCUUUUUGGAAUAUGCCUGUACUAUGAGCUUGCAGUAUGCUAAAGUUGCUGUAGGAAACGAUCACUCCACAAGGAACGCUUUACAGUCCUGAUUUCAGGGUGAUUUUUCAUGUUUGUCAGCAGUUUUCAGUGAUGAUUUUUAUGUUACUACUCGUGUUUGAAGGUGAACUUACGUGUGUGCAGAAAUGGUGCAUUUACACAGAUGUUGACAGGCAGCAGCUUUGAAAUGCAGCGUGGAAGCUGCAGCUCUGUUUUCCACUUGGUGAAAGGGGAAAGCUUGGGAGCACUCUAGAAACUGGAUAUGGACUUGGAGGCAUGAGCCUGUGAGCCCUGUAGCGUUAAAGACUAAUGUUGAUUCCCUGCCUUUGGGAGGUGGAUGGUGGAAGACAACAUCAGAUUUGCUGGAUCUAGACGAGCAAGACCUGGGAACUGGGUGCAGGGAUAAUGAUGGAUUUGACAGUUCUGGAGUCAGUUGGAGUAACAUCAGUGAACAAGACACAGUCACAAAAAUAAACCCUGAGCACGGUUUGUUGGACAUUGCAGACUUUUGUGCCUUGGCAGGGUUGAU